AGCUGGUACGCCUUCCUCCAGCAGAGACUUGACAGAAGCGGGGCGACCGCUCUGAGCUGCGAGCGCUCCUCCCGUCUCCUCCGCCGGCGCGUCUUUCCCUGUUGACAUACAAACUUUGAAGAGGUGAGAUCCGAAACGUCCGAACGGCAACAAAUUGGCAGCAAGAGCUCAUCGACAAAGAAAAAAAAAAUACAACAACCGCUAAGUCCGAGGAAGAGCGCUGGAGCCGGGAGAAAGAGGGAGCUAUGCCAUCUCGCGCCGAUCAGAGCCCAGUCCUCCUCUGUUGUGUGUCGGAGCUGCAGCAUGGUGUCUCUCUCUGGACUCUGGACCUACUGCCUCGCCCCCGGGAGACCUCAUCUCCGCUUCCUCUCCGCCAGACCGCUCCUGCUGCUGCUGGUCUUGACCGGCCUCUGCUCCCCCGACUCCUGCCUCCCGCACCCUCAGCCUUGCCACAUCCUGGCCCGGAUAGGACACACCGUGCGCAUCGGCGCGCUCUUGCCGACCCGCCAGCCGGCACGGAUACAAAACGCUCUCAACCGUGCCCUGGCUAGCCUUCGGCACCAGAGCAUAGGGGCAGACUCUUCCACAACCACCGCUCAAACACCUCCUCUGAUGCCCUACAACCUGAGCCUGGAGAUGGUGGCUCGAUCCCCCGCGGGAGGAGACCCGGAGUCCCUGUCCCGCAGCACCUGCCAGGACCUGGUGGUCAAGGGGGUGUCGGCCGUGCUCGCCUUCCCUCGCUCCAGGGAGGAGCUGAUCCAGGUGGAGUUCCUCUCGUCAUUCCUGGAGAUCCCCUUCAUUUCCAUCCUGGAGGACACGGAGCCUCUUGUGACUAAGAACCCAUUCCACCUGCAGAUGUCAGCCCGCGUGCCUCCAUCUACCCUGGGCAGCCUGCUUCUGGCGGUCCUGCAGGGCGGAGAGGGGGACCGUGACCGAGGGAGCCGGGGCGAAAACAAUCUAGGGGGAGCCGCUGUAAUCUGCCCCGGGUGGGAGGAAGGUGGGGACGGGUUGCUGUCUCACCUGCAGACACACAGCGGUUCUAACUGGCAUUUGUGGGACAUCAUCAACCUGACCCUCGUCUCCGGGGGCGGGGACAGAAGAGGGGAGAGCAGGGAGGAGAACAAGGAAGAGCAGAGGGAAGAGGAGGCUCUGAAUAUCCUCUCCAGCCGUUUCCUACGCUCCACUUCUCCCGUCUCCUCUGUGCUCCUCCUGGGAUCCGACCCCGAGUGCCUCUCCGCCGUCUUGCGGGCAGCUCAGCGGCUCGCUCCAUCACUACCAGCGCUGCAAUGGAUCAUGGGAUAUCCCUUGUCUCCGGAUUCGCUCCACACGCUAGGAGGUCCCCUCGGACUGCUAGCCUACGGGGAGGUGGGCCGAAAGCCGAUCAGCUUCUACAUCCGGGACGCUCUGCAGCUAAUCGUCCGUGCUGUGACUGCAGCAUCCAUGGUGAGGCCGGACCUGGCGCUCAUUCAGAACAUGGUGAAUUGUUACGACAAACCAAACAGACAGGAGCUGCCCUCUUCAGGACAAUAUCUGUCCAGGUUUCUGCCCAACACUUCCUUCACUGGGGCCACAGGCCUGAUCCAGGUGGAUGCUGGCUUGUCCCGCGUCCUCUCCUCCCAGCUGUUCCACGUAUGGAGCCUGAAGAGAGGCGCUCUUGGCCAGCCAGCCUGGGUGACCGUAGGCCAGUGGACCCGAGGCCGGCUGGAGCUAGAAGGGGGGAUCCUGGGCUUGGUGGGAGGGUUCAGGAGCAGCCAGGGACAAGGCCUUGGAGCCGGGGUGAGGGGAGGGGACGGACCAGGGGACAGCAAUGUCGGAGGACGCUGGAGGCCGGGGGAAUCUGUUGAGGGACACCGGCUACGGGUGGUGACACUGGUGGAGCACCCGUUUGUCUUCACGCGGGAGGUGGACGUGGAUGGUUUGUGUCCAGCUGGUCAGCUCUGUCUGGACCCCAGAACCAACCGGUCCGACUUAAUCCAGAGCCUCUUCAACCAGCUUCACAACCCAAACACUACAGUUGCAGACUGGGAGAGGAAUGACCUACCGGGGGACCUGAGGAAGUGCUGCUACGGCUACUGCAUCGACUUGUUGGAGAAACUGGCAGAGGACAUGGGUUUCACCUUUGACCUUUAUAUAGUGGGAGACGGGAAGUACGGAGCAUUGAGCGGGACGGGGCGCUGGACGGGGCUGGUCGGGGACCUGCUGGGGGGAACCGCCGACAUGGCCGUGACCUCCUUCUCCAUCAACUCUGCCAGGAGCAGAGUCAUUGACUUCACCUCGCCCUUCUACUCCACCAGUCUUGGCAUUUUGGUCCGUAGCCGGGACACUGCAGCACCCAUCGGAGCCUUCAUGUGGCCCCUCCACUGGUCCAUGUGGGUGGGUAUCUUUGUCACGCUGCAUCUCACCGCGCUCUUCCUCACCUUGUACGAGUGGAACAGCCCCUUCGGCAUGACGCCCCAUGGCAGGAACAGGCUGCGCGUCUUCUCCUACUCCUCCGCCCUCAAUCUCUGCUACGCCAUACUGUUUGGACGGACUGUCGCCACCAAGACUCCUAAAUGCUGGACCGGGCGUUUCCUGAUGAAUCUCUGGGCCAUCUUUUGCUUACUGGUGCUGUCGAGCUACACCGCCAACCUCGCUGCCGUGAUGGUCGGGGAGAAGACCUUCGAGCAGGUCUCGGGAAUUCACGACGACAAGCUGCACCAUUCAUCACUGGGCUUCCGUUUUGGGACGGUGAGGGAGAGCAGCGCUGAGGAUUACAUGAAGAAGAGCUUCCCGGAGAUGUACGACUACAUGAGACGCUUCAAUCAGCCCACCACCCCAGAAGGAGUGCAUAUGUUGAAGACAGAUCCUCCUGACCUGGAUGCGUUCAUCAUGGACAAAGCCCUGUUGGACUUCGAGGUCUCUAUCGACGCUGAGUGCAAACUGCUCACUGUGGGGAAGCCUUUCGCCAUUGAAGGCUACGGGAUAGGCCUGCCCCAGGGCUCACCUCUGACCCGUAAUGUGUCCGAGUUUGUGAGUCGCUACAAGUCCGACGGCUUCAUGGACAUGCUGCAUGACAAGUGGUAUAAGGUGGUGCCCUGCGGGAAGCGAGUCUUCGCGGUCACUGAGACUCUUCAGAUGGGGAUCCAGCAUUUUUCCGGCCUGUUUGUGCUGCUGUGCAUGGGGGUGGGUGGAGCCUUGCUGACCUUGGCAGGUGAACACACCUUCUAUCACCUGGUCAUCCCCCGCCUCCGACGCACGCACACGCUGCAGUACUGGCUGCACACCAGCCAGAAAAUUCACAGAGCCCUCCACACCACAUACGAGGAUGACGGGAAGGAGCUGACCGACCUCGACCAAAACCCCUCCUCUUGUAUCUCAGAGAACUGCACUCUACACAGGAAGCAGCAUCAGCCUCCUCCCCCAUCUCCUCCCACGUCCCUCCCUGCUUCCACCACAGCUGGAGACACCUGCAACUCCUCACCCUCCCACGAGCCCAAGGAGAAACGCGUGCACUUUGACCUGGAAACCCUCCACAGCUACCGCCUGCGCACGCACACCGCCUCGGUGCGCGGCCGGCCCGGCAUGGUCGGCCGUCCCGGGCUAGGCCUGGGAGGCUGGGGGCUGGGAGGCCUGGGGCGUGUUGCCUCCCCUCCGCAGAUUAACCUCCACGCCAACGGGGGCCCCGUCUCCUCACUGGCCUCCCCGGGCUUAGUGCUCUCUCCUCUGGGGAGCAGGGCCGCUCAGACCAGCCUGUGGGAGGGGGAGCUCCAGGACCUGCAGGGGAAGAUCGAGACGUUCCGCACCCAGCUGAGAGAGGCGCUGGCCAGGAGAGCGGAGAUCCAGAGCAGCCUGGAGAGAGAGCGGUGCGGGCUGGUGCGCAGGGACACCAGUCUGGAGAGGGAAAGGGACAGGCAGAGGAUACAAACCAUUAACACGGACAGAAGCAGCUCCACUCAGCCCAAACUCCCCGAGAGAGACAGGACCAGCCAGCUGCAAACCCUGAAUAAUCAACAAGCGGGUAGAGACAACCAAUCCGCCGGCCCCUGGACUCUGGAGCACGGGAGGAGCAGCCAAUUGAACACGGUUAACAGUCUGGACAGGGGGAGAGCUAACCAGUCAAGCUCUGUGAACACUUUGGCGGGAGAAAGGACUGUGCAGUCACGCAUUUCGAGCAGUUUGGAAAGAAGUCAAGUCAACCAACAAGUUGGAGUUGGAAACGUACCUGUGCCAUCACGGAACACUUGUAGCCUGGACAGACAGAUGGCUAAGCUGUCGCGCACCCUGAACACUCUUGAGAGGACAAAAGCCAACCAAUCGAGUGGGGGCAGUGAGACUUGAUGCGUGGGAAAAGAGAAGUGCAGUUGGUAAUUGGAUAGUCGUGGGAAGACAGCUUUGUUGGAAUGGGUCAAGUUUAGGGGGACGCUUGCAGGAAAAAAAAACAGUAUACUCUAACUCACAACAUCACUUAAUCCAACCUAAUAAUUUUCAUACUUGCUUAAAAUUAUGACUAAAAAAACUUUAA